CCGGAGGCGCGUCCCGCAGCGCGGGGGUCCCCGGCCGCACGGGUGCCCGCGGCGGGCGAGGAGGAUGCGCACCGCCUCCCGCAGAGCUGCUGCGGGCCGAGCCAGCGCGCCCAGCCGGGCUCCGGCGGCCGCCGGUGCCGUGCCCGCGCCGCGGGAGCGCGCCCUGCCGCACCUGGCACAAGCCUCUCGGGGAAGUGCAGGAAACGCGCCCUAAACUCCACUACUUGGCGCCCGCCUCCUCCCGCCGCUCCCCGCCCGCGCCGCCUGCGUGUGGGCCCGCCCGCUCCUACUCACGCGCACACGCACACGCGCAGCCCGGCCCGCCCGCGCCCCUUCGGCACCACUCGCGGCCGCCCGAACCCCAGCCCGGCCGUCCGAAACUCCGGGACCAACUGCCGCCGGGACUGCGGGAGCCUCCUGGUGGCCGGCGUCACCCGCCGCGGGUCCUCGCGCCCGGGGCUCCCGGCCUGGCCAGCGUCGCCGGGGACGAUGAGAUAAUCAGGUAUCCAGAGGCUUCAGCUUUGUGGUCUUCUCUUCUCCAUGGCGUUUCUGAAGUUCCAACUCAGGAGUCAGUGCCUGUCUUGAACCACUUGGAAAUUAAGCAGAGACGCCACUACAUAUAUACUUCUUGAAAAUUCCCAUCAUCUAUUUUCAGAACUUUUGAAUAAGCAUAAGAGCUGAUUGAAGGUUCUAACAGGAGGGAACAAGUCAAAAGGACAAUGAGUUGGUGAGAAAGGUCAUGGAAUAUCCAGCAAGCAGAUAAUCCUCCCUGGAGUAAUUGGGAAGUGUCUGAAUGUAGAUUAUAGAUGGACAGCAUGGAAAAUACUGUUUGUGACAUCUAGCACAUUCUUGGAAAACACCUGCCCUGCUGGUAUUUGGCUAAAUUUUUAAUAGUUGCCUUUCUAACUAGGCUAGACAACUGUUUGUAGAGAUACUGCAGAAGUCCUGAAGGUUGAUGGAGGGCCAUGCUAUUCAAACAGCAGGCGUGGCUGAGACAGAAGCUCCUCGUCCUGGGAAGUCUUGCCGUUGGGAGUCUCCUAUAUCUAGUUGCCAGAGUUGGGAGCUUGGAUAGGCUACAGCCCAUUUGCCCCAUCGAAGGCCGACUCGGAGCCCGCAGUCAAGCUGAGUUCCCUCUUCGAGCCCUGCAGUUCAAGCGGGGCCUCCUGCAUGAGUUCCGGAAGGGCAACACUUCCAAGGAGCAGGUUCGCCUGCAUGACCUGGUCCAGCAGCUCCCGAAGGCUAUAAUCAUUGGGGUGAGGAAAGGAGGCACCAGGGCCCUGCUUGAGAUGCUGAACCUCCAUCCGGCAGUAGUCAAAGCCUCCCAAGAAAUCCACUUUUUUGACAAUGAUGAGAAUUACGCCAAGGGCAUUGAUUGGUACAGGAAAAAGAUGCCUUUUUCCUACCCUCAGCAAAUCACAAUUGAAAAGAGCCCCGCAUAUUUUAUCACAGAGGAGGUUCCAGAAAGGAUUUACAAAAUGAACUCAUCCAUCAAGUUGUUGAUCAUUGUCAGGGAGCCAACUACAAGAGCUAUUUCUGAUUAUACUCAGGUGCUAGAGGGGAAGGAAAGGAAGAACAAAACUUAUUACAAGUUUGAAAAGCUGGCAAUAGACCCUAAUACCUGCGAAGUGAAUACAAAAUACAAGGCAGUCAGAACCAGCAUCUAUACCAAACAUCUGGAAAGGUGGUUAAAAUACUUUCCAAUUGAACAGUUUCACAUUGUUGAUGGAGACCGCCUCAUCACAGAACCUCUGCCAGAACUUCAGCUCGUGGAGAAGUUCCUAAAUCUUCCCCCAAGGAUAAGUCAAUACAAUUUGUAUUUCAAUGCUACCAGAGGGUUUUACUGCUUACGGUUUAACAUUAUCUUUAAUAAGUGCCUGGCAGGCAGCAAGGGGCGUAUUCAUCCAGAGGUGGACCCCUCUGUCAUAACCAAAUUACGCAAAUUCUUUCACCCUUUUAAUCAAAAAUUCUACCAGAUCACUGGGAGGACAUUGAACUGGCCCUAAGAUGAUAAAGAAUACAACACUAUGUGUUGUGCCUGGAGACAUACAAAGUCUCCUCUAGAUUAAAAUAUGCACUUUUCCUAGACAACUAUCCAAGUCAUUUUUCCAUGUAUACUUGUACAUAAGCAGUGUGUGACCAAAUAUAAAAUCAGUUCUUUUUUUCUACAGAAAAUUUGCAAAAUAAAACUUGCUGUCUGCAUAAUUGCAUCUUCUUCUAGGCUAUUGACAAAAACAAGGGGUGGUGGUAUUGGGGGGGAUGUGACUUCAGCUAUUCUCAAAGAGUUAGUCUUCCUUUGAGUCAGAGUUUCUCUCGUCUACUCUUUUCAUAAACCUAAGCCAAAAGAUUAAUGUGUGAAAAUGUACCAAUAGCUGUGAAGCUUCAGGAAGUAGAGGAAUCAGUCAUGCAUCCCUUUCGUAGGGAAAUCUGGCUCUUUAAUUCAGAUGCUGAAUUGGUGCCAUGAAAACAGAAAAUACUAUUUUCUUAUCAUUUAAAAGAAUGUCUUUUCUCAUAAAAAUUGACAUUGUUCCAAAGUUUCUGUGGUGAUUUUGCACUAUUGUUUUCUCGUACCAACAACCAUGGCGUCACUUGUAGCAUGUCAAUCACACAUUGGAAAGUCUAGUCCUUUCACUUCCAUGUUCUAUGUCAACAAUAAGAAAUGUCAUGUACAUAAUGUAUAUUGUUGUAAAUACUGGUUUCACACUAAGUAAUUCUAUUUUGUAAACUGAAUAUGGCUAUUUAAUUUAUUGUGGAAAUUAAAUUUAUUGUGGUAUUUAAAAAUGGAAUGGAUUAAAAUUACUCUAUGUGCAACAUCUUUUUCUUACUCAUUUUGUUUUAUGUGCCCCCUGCUAGCUUUCAAAAUCGAAGCUGCUUAUGUGCAGACUUGAGUAGUUGGAAACACACUACUCUGCUGGAUUUCUGUAUCCUUGUGAAAAUGUAUUUAUGAAGUGAGGUCGAGUAUAUUCAAAAAUAUUUUAACCAUCUGGAAAUCUGAUAUAACAGCCACCUCAGAGAACAUUAGUGCUACUCUGGUACAACAUUGUAACAAUUUAUUUACUUGCAGUAGCUGCUGUGACUAGAGACAAGAAAUCAUAUAAUCUAGAUCUAGAAGAAUCACAGUUUUAUUUGAACCUCUAAUCACAGUCAGACCAACCAAUAGAGAAACUAAAACAAAAUUUAAAAACUUAUUUGACCUCUGUACUGAACACUGCUGAUGCCUCGGAACUACCUUUGAGGUGAAAAUCCAUCAGCCUGCUCAGAACUGAUCAAAUUGCCUAGCGUUGCUCUUUCUGACAUGAACAUAUGAUUCUUAUUUCCCUCCAGAAAAAUUAAUACUACACUGAGUGUUUGCUAACAUCAGACACACGAUUAUACUUAAGUAUGAUUCAAAUGAGGUAUCAGCAACAGCAAGAGCUGGGUUUUCCACAAUCACUGUUGCUUAUCCAAUGGAAGAUGUUUUGUUCAGUUUCACAUAGAGUGUACUUAGAGAAAUCAGCAAAUCACAAUGGGUCCCCUUUUGAUUGUAAUAGGUGUUGAUUUUCUCCAUGAGUUGUUUAGCCUGUCCACUGAUUUGAUGGUGAUCUUUUCUAAAUAAAUAGCCCUUUUCCCUCUG